GAGCCCAGAGGUCCCAAGACUCCCAACUCCCAUCUCCAACUCACGCCACGCGCACGAUAUAGCCGUCAACCAAUCCGAGCCGCACGUACGUCCGUCCCACAGCUCGCAACUUCCCAACCAAACCCGCCGCCGCCGCACCCCGAAGCCCGAACCCCCGAACCCCAGCGAACGAACCAGCGACGGCAGCCAUAGCCAUGGCGGCGGCGAAGAUCCGGUGGAGCGAGCUCGACGAGGACGACGGCGGCGACGGCGACGGCCUCGACUUCCUGCUCCCGCCGCCGGUCGUCGUCGGGCCCGACGAGAACGGCCUCAAGAAGACGACCCACUACCGCUUCGACGACGAUGGCAGCAAGGUCAAGGUCGCCACCACCACCCGCGUCGUCAAGCUCGCCCGCACGCGCCUCUCCAAGUCGGCCGUCGAGCGCCGCUCCUGGGCCAAGUUCGGCGACGCCGCCGCUGGCGACGACGCCUCCGCCCGCCUCACCGUCGUCUCCACCGAGGACAUCUUCCUCGAGCGCCCACGCGCCCCAGGUAGCAAGGCUGAUGAACCAAGUGCUUCCAGUGAUGAACUGGCAACGGCAAACAGAGGUACUGCUCUCAUGGUCUGCAGAUCCUGUGGCAAGAAGGGCGACCACUGGACCGCAAAGUGCCCCUACAAGGAACUCGUCGAUACUCUGGACAGGCCUCCUACUUCUGACGGACCUGCAGCACUGAAUGAUCCUGCUAAGGUCUCAUAUGUUCACCCAAGGCGAAGGACGGAUGCAGUUUACCAUGAUGGUGGACACGACAUGAGGCGCAGGAAUGAUGAGAACUCUGUCCGUGUUACCAAUUUAUCUGAGGACACCCGUGAGCCUGACCUCCUCGAGCUGUUCCGUUCAUUUGGCCCUGUCAGCCGAGUCUAUGUUGCGCUAGAUCAGAGGACUGGAUCAAGCAGGGGCUUUGGCUUCGUCAACUUUGUCCAGAGGGAGGAUGCUGAGAAUGCUAUCAGCAAGCUCAAUGGCUAUGGUUAUGAUAAUCUCAUCCUCCAUGUUGAGUGGGCAACACCUAGGCCCAGUAACUAGUUGCUGCCUUCGUUUCUCAAAUCAAAACAUAAAGAAGUGCAUGCAGAUUUACUGCUGCAUGUCUUGUUGGUAUGGUCUUUGAAAUAGUACUUUUGUAUCUGUGUGAAUGACAUUGCUAAUCGUACACGUAUGGAUUUUGUAAGGAUGGGGUGGGUGGUUAGCAGCAAAAUUUGUGCCACCAUGCACCCUGCUGGUUGACCUGGGCACUCAAGAUCUGUCAAAAAAAUUACCGAUUUAGAGAGGCCGUCGUGGCGAUUUUCUCCUGCACAGGAGACUUCCCAUUGUGUCCUCGGGUUUCGUGUUGCUUAGAACUAUCUAUAUAUGAUGGGUUUCAAGUUA